AUGGAAGUCGCGCUGGGUCCCGGAGACCAAGCCCGAGGAGCCGGAGCGGAGGGGGCAGCCUCCGUCGCCUCACUAAGGGGGCGGCGGAGGUCCCCCCGACAACACACAGAACAGCACACGAGGACACGACCCUUCGGGGGAACGGGCGGUGACAGCGCCAUAAUAAUGCAGGAGCUACGCCAUAGGGUCCAGAACCUAGAGCGACAGUUGGGCGACCAGGAGCGGGACGGACGAACCACCGAUCCCAGCUACACCCCAUCCCCUGAAAGCGAAGAGGGAGACUCCCACCGAAGCCGCCCGCGGCGUACCCCCGCAUCCCGAACGGAAGCGGAGAGCACGCGCGAGGAGUCUCUGAUCCCGAGAAGACGAAAUGACACGAUCAUCUACUCCCGGGGCAGGUUAACCCGCCAAGCGACACGAGAUCGCGAAGACGGGGAAGGGAGAUCCGCGAGGACACGACAACCUGUGAUAAUGGGCGCCACCCCAUUCCACCGAUCUAUCCUCGAAGUCCGGUUGCCGAAACACUUCGACAAACCAACGGACAUGAGGUACGACGGAACUCAAGACCCUCUAGAACACCUCACGGCCUUCGAGGCCAGGAUGAACCUGAAGGGAGUAGGGGACGAGGUAAGAUGCCGUGCCUUCCCGGUAACCUUAGCGGGACCCGCGAUCAGGUGGUUUAACGGCCUCCUGCAGGGAUCCAUCUACAGUUUCUCGGACAUCAGCCGUGCAUUCCUGGCCCAAUUUACAACACGAAUAGCAAAGGCAAAGCACCCGAUCAACCUUCUGGGGGUAACCCAGAGACAAGGAGAGCCGACCAGGAGGUACCUGGAUCGGUUCAACGAUGAAUGCUUAGAAAUCGACGGCCUAACCGAUUCGGUGGCCAGUCUUUGCCUGACGAACGGCCUCCUCAACGAGAACUUCCGAAAACAUCUUACCACGAAAUCGGUUUGGAUGAUGCACGAGAUCCAGACGGUAGCCAAAGAGUACAUAAAUGACGAGGAAGUCAGCCGAGUUGUGGCUGCCAACAAACGGCAGUCCAGCUACAAUCAACCCCGGCAACAGGUUUACCAACAAAUAGCCGAGAAAGGAAUCCUGCCGAAGCCCCGACCACUCAAGGACCGCACUGGAGGGAACAAAAACCUCUAUUGCGAUUACCACAAAGGCUACGGUCACCUAACGCAGGACUGUUUUGACCUAAAAGAUGCACUAGAACAAGCGAUAAGGGAAGGUAAACUAGCAGCAUUCUCCCACUUAAUCAGGGAGCCAAGGAGACGUUAUCGCGACCAAGACGAAGAAGGCAAAAGCCGUUCGGCAAAGCGACGACAAGAACCAGAAGACGGAGAUCACGGCCUCACUGUGAUAAACGUGGUGACGGCCAAAAACGCCGCACCAAGAUCCAUAUCGGCACACAAGAAAGACGCAAAGAUAUUGUCGAUCUCCUCCUCGUCGACGCGAAACUCUAAGAAGCCUCCAUUCAUUUCUUUCGGCCCGGAAGACCUAUGGUUCGACGACGCCCCGGAAAAUCCACCCAUGGUCAUCACGGCCAGAGUGGGAACCGGUCUCGUCAAACGCAUCCUUGUUGACACUGGGGUGGACUCGAACAUCAUGUUCCGCAAUGUAUUCGACGCACUGGGACUAAGGGACGCCGAUUUGACGACUCACCAACACGGGGUCAUUGGGUUGGGCGACCAUUUCAUCAAACCAGACGGAGUAAUAUCCCUGCCAAUCUCAGUGGGACAAUCCCAGGGCCGAAGAUCGGCGAUGGCCGAGUUCGUGAUCCUCCGAGACUCCACCGCCUAUAAUAUCAUCUUGGGAAGGAAGACGAUCAACGAUUUCGAGGCCAUAAUCAACACAAAGCUGCUAGUCAUGAACUGCUAG